UGGCAAUAUUCAUAGAUUCAAAUAUUUGAAUUUUAAUCCUUUGCACUGUAAAGAAUAUUGUAAGGUUAUAGGUAAACACAUUGAAAUCAAGGACUCGGGUGGAUUAAAUGGAUGGAUUUUUUUUAUGGUUUUAAGUAAGGCACAAGAGAUGAAUUAAAACGACCAGGUUUCUUAGCAAAGACUCAAUAAUGGAAGAACGCAUUCACCCAGAACAAUAUAAGGAAUUUAAAGAAAAGCAAGUGUUUGAUUUAUUCGACAAGAAUGGAGAUGGCCAUAUCUCGGGUGCUGAGCUUGGAAAUGUUCUUAGAGCUUUAGGCCAAAAUCCAACUGAAAAAGAAGUCCAGAAAAUUCUUAAAAGAUUUGAUAAGAACUGUGACGAAAAGAUACAGUAUAAUGAAUAUUUGGAUAUUCUGAAGGAUUAUUUAAAAGAUCCCCAGAUAUUUGAAAUAGAGUUGCGCGAAGCAUUCCGAAUAUUUGACAGAGAUCGGAAUAACGAUUUGAACUUCGCUGAACUCCGCAAAGCUUUGACAUCAUUAGGUGAACCUUUGACAGAUUCAGAAGCAAUUCAACUUUGUAAAAUGAUGGAUGCUGAUGGUGAUAAAAAGGUUACUGUAGACGAGGCUGUAAAGUUCAUGCUCCGAUCAUAUGAUGAGAUUUUCGAUGAGGAACAACAAUGUAAUACCCGUGGUAACAUGUCACAAGUUCAGAUAUCAACAACGUAGCGAAUGUACAGGAUCCGAAAUCUUUAAAAAAAACUAUGCUGUAGCUCAUAUAUAAAUGAAUAUAUGCUGUUUAAAAAACUUUUGACUUAUAUAAUUUCGAAAAAAAAAAACAUGUUAUAAUUAUGUUUCCUAGGUUCAGUGAUCCAUUCUGAGAAACAAUGGAUAAACAUGCAACUCAGCACAAGGCGAUGUAAGUACACUCGGUUGUAAAAGAUAAAACUAUUGCAAAAUAUAAACAUUCAUUUAUUUUUCUUUUUCGCUUCAUUAUAGGUUAGAAGGUAGUAAAUGCCUCCGCUACUAUUCUAAAUGCAAAAAUAAUAAAUUAUAGCAUUUCUA